AUGACGAUUCUCCCAGGUGUUUCACCGGUACAUCACCUUCCGGAAUGUGCUCCCUUUCGCCAACUACACCUCGUAUCCAACAGUGAGGGGUAUGUGUUCUUUCUCAACGGGUCGAAGCCGAUGGCCGCUACAGUCGAUCCCACCUACCCCCUCUAUCCUAUUGCUUGCAUUCUUGCGUCGGCGAUGCUAUUUCUUGUAUCCCUGACGGGCUUAAUCCGGCAGAGCUGGAACCUUGGUCUUGCGUCAUUGUGUUUCUGGCUCUUCUUCGAGAACCUCACCUUCGGUAUCAAUGCCAUCAUAUGGGCAGACAACGCGGACUUGAAGCUGUAUGUAUAUUGUGAUAUUGUCUCACACCUGCAAGAAAUUACGUUCUUUGUCCGACCUAUGGCUACGCUUGUCAUCACACGCCGGCUGUACGUAAUUGCGAGCCAAAGAUCAGUGGAUAUUGCGGAUGGAGCAACGCGACGUCGAACCAUUUUCAUUGAGUGGAUACUUGUCCUAGUACUACCUCUCAUUCUGGCAGGACCAGUCUAUUACACCGUACAAGACAUCCGAUUCGAAAUUGUGGACGGACUCGGGUGUUCGAGCGCCGAGGAUGAUUCGGUACUCGAUUUCCUACUCCUUUGGACUUGGGGGGUGAUUCCUCCGUUGAUAUCUGUCGUUGUGUACUAUCCCCGGGUAGCCUUGCUCAUGUAUCGCCAGAGCCGGCUGAUCAACCACUUCCUGAGGAGCAACGAUCAUGUGUCACGGGCGGACUACUUUCGCAUGUUCGCCUUUGCCAGCUUCGAUAUCCUUCUCACUUUGCCCUUUGGUAUCGCGAACAUCGCAUUAUCCUUGGCCGAAAGCUCAGUCAGCGACUCAUUAGUAUUCUAUCCGGGAUGGACCAAUGACCACGUAGACUGGGAGCCAGCAAGCUAUUCCUACGCAGAAAGAGAGAGUGCGGGCUCUUCUGCAAUGGCACAACAAUAUUUCGCUCAGUGGACCCCGCCCAUCCUCGCUUUCGCUAUAUUCGGCAUUUUCGGCGUUACAUCGGAGGCUCGCGCAUCUUACCGGCGCGCCAUUCACACUGCUGGCCGAUGGUUCGGCUGGAAGCCAUCUGCGCGCACGGAUGAUGAACACUCGACACUGGGCGAUAUCGGAUCUAGAGUGCCACCGCUGGACACUCUGGUUGGUUCUGAACUCAGAUCGCAUACGGCUCACGAUCCUUUCGAGGCCGAACAUGCAACGGUGAUCUCCAAAGAAGGGAAGCUGGCGGCGUGCAAUGUGCAGGACGAUAUGAGUACAAGCUCAACGAAGAUCCUUGAAGGCCCCGGAGUUGCAGCGUGA